AUGAUUGCAGAUGAAGAAAACCGGACUUAUAAAAUCGGCAAGGCAAUUAUCAAGGAAUUACGAGGUGCUAACGAAGAAAACAUAGAAACUUUGGGCACUCAAUCAUUAAAAAAAUGUUUUGAAUUGUGUCCUGAUUUUGUUAGCGAACAUCCUACUCAUAAUAAAGAAAUCCACGAAGCAAUUGGUGAUUGGGUUUUCCCACCUCGUUUUGAAAAUUUAAGGGAGGGAAAUUUUGAGAAUAUUAAAAAAAUCGACAUCAAAAGUUGCCACGGUCAAAUUAUGCGAGAUUAUCCCUUACCUUAUGGCGAACCAACUCACAUCAAAGAUCCAGCCGAAAUUGCUAAACAAUUACAAGCCGGUAAAAGUGGCUUUGUCCGUUUUUAUUUAAAAAAUGGGGCUAAAAUUAAAAAUGAACAAAUUCCUUUUAUUCCGGAUUAUAACAACGAAAUAAAACCAGAAAUUAAAGGGAGAAUAUUAUUGCAUACUCGCUUAUUUCAGACUUUUAAAAAACAAUAUAAAAUUAUUAAACCAAUUAUUUGUACUGACUUCUGA